GAAACACCUGAUGUUCGACGCCAUGGAAAUGGGAGAGAUCUUUCUGUAGUCCACUUCCUAUGCGGCAAGCCAGUCUGAAUGAGACGGCUUUGGGUGCCUCAUCCAGAGCAGGUUUGGGCUCCAUGCUGGCUGCAUGAUGCCAUUGAUGGCAUUGCAACGUUUGGGACGGAAGAGGGAGAGGCGCUGGAAAUUUCGGCCGCCCAGAUCAACACUUUGGAAGAAGUUCACCAGCAGCAGGUGCAGGGCGAAGACGAUAUUUGCUUGCUAAACACUGUGACCGAAGCUGCACUACUUCAUACAAUCAGGGCCCGCUUCAACAAGCAACUUGUCUACACAUGGGUGUCCCGCAUACUGCUCGCGGUGAAUCCAUUCCAGGUGCUACCUCUGUAUGCCUCUCAAGUGUUGGACCAGUACAGGUUUGCACCUGAGCUUCGUGCUUUGCCACCCCACAUCUUUUCGAUUGCAGCAGAUGCAGUGUCUAAUCUCCAGACAUCUGGACGACACCAGGCCAUUGUGAUCAAUGGCGAGUCUGGUGCUGGAAAGACAGAGUCGGCCAAGCUCAUCAUGUCCUUUGUUGCGGAGGCCACAAAACCAAGCCAAAAGCAACCGGACAGUUUCGAAGAUAAGGUUCUGCGAACGAAUCCAGUCAUGGAAGCCUUCGGCAAUGCCAUGACAGUACGCAACAAUAACUCCUCCAGGUUUGUCAAGUGGCUGAAUUUCCACACCCAGAAUGGCUGCCUGGUUGGGUGUGAAGUGCAGCAAUACUUGCUGGAGGACACCAGGAUAUGCAGCGUGGCAAAGGGCGAGCGCUCUUACCACAUUUUUUUCCAACUCUUGCAGGCCAGGCAGUCGCCUAUGCUGAAGAGUCUAGAAUUGGAGGCGCCAGAAUGCUAUGCCUACACACGAGCCGGUCAAUUGACUGUGCCUGGACUUGAUGACCUUCUAGCCUUUGAUGAGCUUAAAGAGGCACUAGACUCCCUGGGCAUUCACCAGAGCACGCAGGUUCAGAUGUGGAAGAAUUUGGCUGCAGUUCUUUACCUGGGAAACUGUCGUUUUUCUAGUGAAGGAGAGGGUGCGAAGCUUCAAGACAAAAAGCCCGUGCAGCGUGCAUCCCAACUGCUUGGCCUUCAAGCUGAAGACUUGAAGAAAUGCAUGCUGGUACGAAAAAUCACCGUAGGGAAAGAUUUGGUGGAAACUCCCCAGCGAGAGGAACAGGCAAGAGCGGCGAGAGAUAGUCUCAGCAAGUACAUCUACUCUCAGUUAUUUGCCUGGGCGGUGGAAACUCUCAACGAGACCCUGAAGGUUGAUCCAUCAAGCAAGACCAGGACUCAUGAGACACAGGCCUUGGGCAUCCUAGACAUUGCUGGAUUUGAAAGCUUCGAAAACAACUCCUUGGAGCAGCUGCUGAUCAACCUAUGCAAUGAGCACCUUCAGCAAUUCUUCAACACAUUUGUUUUUCGAUCUGAGCUUGAAGACUACAAGAAAGAAGGACUCGUGCUAGAUUGCGAGGUCAAUUUUGUAGACAAUGCCGAGGUCCUUCAGCUCUUGGAUGGCCGUGGAGGAGUGCUGGACAUUCUGGAUGAGGAGGUUGUGAUGCCCAAAGCCACCGACGACUCCUUCAUCUCCAAAGUGAAGUCAGGUCACACUCAGCAUGCUUGCUUUGUGAAGCCCAAGGCAGGCAAUCUCUUCUUCGGAGUCAAGCACUUUGCUGGUGAAGUCACCUACAACUGUGCAGGGUUCCUGCAGAAGAACGCAGACAAGCCACCUGAAGACUUCAUUAAACUCAUCCCUUCUUCAACGCAAGAACUGCUCAAGCAGCUGGGCAAAGACUCUGAGGUCCAACCGAGCCAAACAAGCAAGUCCUCGGGACGAAAGCCCAAGUCCACCUCUGCGAAGUUUCGCUCUUCUUUGCGACUUUUGCUGGCAAAGAUUGACAUCUCGGAUCCUCAUUUUGUCAGAUGCAUCAAGCCAAAUGCUGAGAAGGUUCCGAAGAUGUUCAAUUCUCAAUUAGUGCUGGAACAGCUUUUGUUCAGUGGCAUCUUGGAAGCAGUUCAAAUUCGCAAGAAGGGCUACGCAUCCCGGUCGUCGUUUGAUGAUUUUCUCAAGAGGUAUGGCUGCGUUGCCUCAGCAGAUGACUAUCUUCUUAGUGCAGGUGACUUGGUUCGCCACUUGAAGGACAAGCUCAAUUUGGAUGCCACUGGAAUCCAAGUGGGCAAAACCAAGGUUUUCCUGAAGGCAUCGGUCCUGGACCAGCUGGAAGCGGCUCGUGCCUGCGCGCGCCUCCGGAUGGCCACCAGACUCCAGGCAGCGAUCAAAGCCAGGCAAGCUCGGAAGUGUUUCGCAGCUGCAAGCCCUGCAACUGUGGCCUUGAAGAACUGCUUGAGGCGGGCCGGCUGGGAUGGGAAGUCGAAUGACAUCGACGAGAGGUCCUGCACCCUUUUGGAAAAGCUUGGGCCAGCGGCGAAGACUUACGUGGAAGAGCUUCUCCAAGCAGUAAACGCGUUGCCAAACUUUCCCAGCUCAGAGCGACUUCGCGAGACGGCUCAGGCGGUGUCUGCGCAAUUGGCCAAGGAACUUCAGUGCGUGGAGCAUUUGGAACGUUUAGAGAAAAGCACUGAUGCUAUGGAGAUUGAAAAAGCAUUGGCAAGGGCUGAAGGGCUCAGGUUGCCAAAGUCACCUUUGACCUCGCAGCUGCAAAGUCGUUGCAAGGCGUUGCAAACUCAGAUUCCUUUGCAGGAGGCCAUGCGGUCAGCAGUGCAAAGUAAUGACGAAAGCCAACUGGCUCGAGUUGUCGAAGAGGUUGAAAAGAAAGGAUUGGAUCUCAGGCCAAAGAGUUGGCUGCCAGAGUUGGAGAUGGAAGCCUUGGCGGAGCAGGUCUCGAAGAUGCAAAGGGAUGCAAAGACAAAGGACACGGAUGGCGCGCCAGCCGGACCUUCUAUACCUCAGAUCAGGAGGUCCUUUGCAUAUCGAAGUUCACGGCGGCAGACCUUUACAGGAUUUAGUGAUGCUCAGCAAUUGCAGCUCCUUGCAAGCCUCGAACGCGCAGCAGAAGAGCUGGACUCUGUGGUGAUGGAGCAGCUGCUCGAGCAGGCCAUUCGAAAUGGUAUUGAUGAGGCAGACCUUCAGGAGCACCACAAGCUUCUUUGCAACUUGCAAGAUGAAUCAUUCCUUCGCGGCGCCGUGGAAGAGGUCUUGAAAGAGGUCAAGGGGCAAUGCCCACCUCGAAAUGCUUUGCAACGUUUACAAAAUUUAUCCCAUCAGCUUCGAGUCUUGCAUGGAGAUGCUGAACUUAUACGGGCAGCAACCCGUGGGGCACAGCAGGGAACCCGUCAGCGAAGCAGAAGUAUAGCUGGUGCCUUUGACUUGCGGAGGCAAUCUGUCGUGAAGGUGAAUGCAGAAGAGAUCCAAGCCUGUGAACCCUUCGGCGACCUCAGCUCUUUUUCCAAAUUGAAGAACGAAGGCACGUGGAAAGGUCACCGGAAUAGCUUGCUGCAGCAUGUUGAGGUUGACCCCAGCGGCAGCAUGCUGGGUCAUUCCAAGGUCACCAUUGCCGAAUCUCUGACCCAUUUGCCAAAAUCUCGUGAGGCAAUGGCGGUGCAAAAUUUCAGGAACAUUGUGAUUUGGAUGGGAGACCGUCCUGCACAAGAAUGCCAGCGCAUUGCAAGCCGUGAGAGCGUUGUGAAUCUUGUAAGCUCCGAUCCAUUGAUGCGAGACGAGGUCUUCACCCAACUUCUCAAGCAGCUGAACGGGAAUCCAUCUCCUCGUUCUGAGUGGCUGGGUUGGCAACUCCUACUUCAGGUUUGCAAAACUACUCCACCCAGCAAUGAAUUGGAUGACUUUGUUCGGUUCUUCUGCGCACAGAAGAUGCGACGAGCACCACCGAAUGUGGCGACAGAGACGCAUGAAAGAGAUGCUCGCAAUUGGGAGAUCGCACGAAUUGCAGGCGAAUGCUUUGAGGC